CUCCACUACAAGUGCCGGAUGUGGGAUGGGCUGGUGUCAUACAGAGUAUUACAGACUGGUAGCAACGGAGGUGACCCCUGGUGGCGGUGGAGGAAGAUGGGAGCUCAUCUGGCUCGGAGAUACCUGGGGGAUGCGUCCGAGCCCGACCCGAAGACGCUGCGGGCCAGCCCAGAGGGCCCACAGUUCCAGGAGCGGGUGAUGGUGGCCACCCAGGAGCAGAUGAACCAAGCCUUGAUCCCGGUCAGGCAGAGGGAUUACUGCGCCCAUCACCUCAUUAAAUUCAUGAAGUGUAAGAGGGACAUGUGGCCCAACAUCUUCGGGUGUAAGCAUGAGCGCCACGAGUGGGAUUACUGCGAACACGAAGAUUACGUGCUGCGCAUGAAGCAAUACGAGCGGGAGCGCCGCCUGAUGAAGAGGAAGCUGCAGCAGGAGACGGAGGCGGCGUAGUAGCCGCAGACUUAUAAAUGUAUUCAUUAUAAACGCUUUCAAAUAAAUAUUUCUGCUGUGA